AUGCACGACGUUGGUCAGCGAGUCGAGCGUUCUGGUCAGAGCCCAGAGUCGUAUGGUCUUGGUCCUGUCCCUGGUUACUGGCCUGGUCAUCAUGAUGAGAACGAACACGGGCACGAACAUGAUUACGAGCCUCACCACGAGCACGAACACAAGUAUGGUCACCACGAACACGAUCAUGAGCACGAUGGCUCUUCACACCCUUCUGCCGACCAGCACGGCCAGACGGGCAAGUGCAAGGAGCACGACUUGACCCCCCGAACACGCCAUUUCGACUGGACCCUCACCUACGGCAAAGCCGCUCCCGACGGUUUCCUGAAGAAGCGUAUCCUGAUUAACGGUCAAUCACCCGGUCCACUUAUCCAAGCCAACGAAGGCGACACGAUUGUCGUCAAGGUCCGCAACUUUCUCGACCAAGGCACCUCGAUCCACUGGCACGGCAUGUUCCAGAACAGCACCCCCUUCAUGGACGGCAUCGCCGGCUUUUCGCAAUGCCCUAUCCCUGCCGGUGGCCACCUCACGUAUCGCUUCAAGAUCCAAGGUCAGUACGGAUCGUAUUGGUACCACAGUCAUUCCAAGAUGCAGUACACCGACGGUCUGUACGGCGGGUUGAUCGUGCAUUCCAAGCGAGACCCGUAUCGCAAGUGUCGCGACUAUGACCACGAGCGCGUGUUUCUGUUCAACGACAACUACCACGACUUUGCCGACUACAUCGUGAGCCAGCUGCUUUCGGCGCAAGGCUACAACGGCAGUGCGGCUGCGCCGUCGCCGCAGUCUGGACUCAUCAAUGGGAGGGGCCAGUUCGACUGUGCUGCUCUGUUCCGUGCCAAGACGCCGCAGCCGGGUAUGCCGACCAGGUGCACACAGCUGUCGACGCCGACGAUGGAUAUCGAACCGAACAAAAAGUAUCGCUUCCGAUUCAUCAACGUUGGCUCGCACGCUCAGCACAUUAUUUCCAUUGACAACCACGAGAUGCACGUCAUUGGUGCCGAUGGUACGCCCGUCAAGCCUCACAAGGUGCACCGCAUUCCCAUCCAUAAUGGGCAGAGGCACGAUGUGUUGGUCGAAACCAACCAGGGCAAGGAGGGAGAUAGCUUCUUGCUGCGGUCCACCAUGAUGACGACAUGCUUCGCCUUUGUCGAUCCGCUUCUCGAUCCCGUCGCCAACAUGACGCUGCAGUACAAGCUGCCCGGUAGCAACGUCCGUUCGAAGCCUCCAGUGCCCCACGACUGGAAGCACAAAAUGGGCAGCCAGUGUCAAGAUCUCAAGGACUCUGAGCUCAUUCCGGCCAUCGACACGUCCGUCUCUGCUAAUCACGAUCCACGAUCCCUCGGCAUCUUCAACUCGCAAUUCGGCAACCUGCAGCUUGCCAACGGCACGACUCUCGGUCGGUUCUUCAUCGACAAUGUCACGCAGACCAAUUUUGUCAACAAGCCAUACCUCGAGCUGACGCACGCAGGCAAGCAGAUCAACUCAUCGACCAUCGCCUCACUCGUCGUACCGGACGACCUGUGGGUGGCCGACUUUAUCAUCAACAACCAAGACAACUUCCUCGACCAUCCGUUCCACCUGCACGGUACGGACAUGCAUAUUGUGGAGCGGGGGUCGGGCAAUAUGACGCAGAGCCAGUGGCUGGCUCUGAACAAGAACGGUCAGCCGCAGGGGGUGAAUGCGACGGGGUUGAACCUGGUGAAUCCGCUGAGGCGAGACACGAUCACGGUGACGCGGUCGAGUUAUGUCGUGGUGCGUAUCAUUGCAGAUCUGCCCGGUACGUGGCCACUACACUGCCACAUUGCCAUGCAUGUGGCCGAGGGACUGAUGGCAGUGGUGGCCAUUCAUCCGAAGAAGAUCCAGCAGCUGCCGUUCAGUCAGGAGGUGCUCGACUUGUGCCCGAUCUCGGGUGCCGCUCUGAACGAGAUCGAGCCCGCUUAG